AUGGUAGAACGAUGGCACCGCCAAUUAAAAGCAUCGAUCAAGUGCCAUCAGAAGGACCGGUGGACGGAUGUGCUGCCGACAGUUCUGAUGGGCAUAAGAGCGGCGUGGAAGGACGAUCUGCAGGCGACGGCGGCCGAGCUGGUGUAUGGAGAAGCGCUCAGACUGCCGGGACAAUUCCUAAAUAAGCAGUCCGGCGAGGAGAGAGACGCUAGCAAUUUCAUUAAAGAAUUGCGACGUCAUUUCGAGGAUGUCCGGCCGGUCGAGGUCACGCAGCACGGAGAGCGACGCCCGUUCGUGUUCAAGCAGCUGGGAACCACGGAGAGUGUGUUUGUUCGGCACGACGGGCCGAAAACCACAAUGCAGAUGCCGUACGAUGGGCCCUACACAGUGGUUCGCAGAGGAGAAAAGAGAACUUUGUCGUGGAUGCACGGGAAAGAAGAACAGACAAUUUCAAUCGAUCGCGUAAAACCAGCGUAUUUAAUUACAGAGAGACAGAGUGACGAAGCGUCGCCGACGGCAGGGACUCCUGGAGACAGAGAGACGAGACUGGACCCGGAGCAGUCACAUGAGGCGCAGCCGGCGUGUGAAGGACGACAGACACGAACGAGGAGCGGUCGAAGGGUCCGAUUCCCGGACCGAUAUACGAUGUGA